ACCUGUUUUCUUCUACUCAGGGAUAUCUUCUUUGCUGUCCUUUUACUGGCUUCGUCUGUUCCUUAGGAGUAAUAUAAUAAAAGAAUUCUGUAGAAGCAGGUAUGUGCAAGGAGACAGUUUGCUAGGGAUGGUGGGGAGAUAAAUACAGAAGAUCCAUACCUGAGGGGAAGAGAGACGGAUGCAAAGAAAACUCCCCAAAUCCCAGGUGCUUUGACAGUUGGAGAAGGCACCUGUUCAUGCCCUCCCACUCAGCAAAACUGAAUGCAUCCUGAAUAUGGAAGCUCAGCAAGAGAGUGACGAAGAAGCCAUAUGGUUGGAUGUUCAACAAGUGAGGGAGCAGGAGAAUCUUCCACUGGAAGGACCUGAACAACACAAUCUUGGUGAAUCAAAAGGGAUGAGUUCCCAGCAACUUGGGAAUGAGGAAGCCUGUGGAAGACAAGAAGUACGAGAAACUGUUAUAACGCUCAAUCCAUUGAGAAAAGAUGCUCUCUUAGCUGAUCAAGUCUUAAGUGAAGCAACCUCCCGUGGAAGAGAAGUCUGUGGAUUUCAACAGGAACGAGAAACUGCUAUAAAGCUCAAUCCAGUGAGAAAAGAUGCUCUCUUAGCUGAUCAAGUCUUAAGUGAAGCAACUUCUCAGGGGGAAGAAACGAGGCACAGGGAACGUUCUGAUCUUCUCAAGAGUCUUCCAAUCCAGAAAAAGAAGAAAACUUACAUCUGCUCACGCUGCGGGAAAAGUUUAAGUAAUAGUUCAAACCUUGCAAGGCAUAAACAGAUCCAUGCAAGACAGAAGAUACACAAGUGUUCAGAGUGUGGGGAAAGUUUUCAUACUAAGUUGAGCCUUUCAAAACACCAACAAUCCCACACAGGAAAUAAGACAUAUAAAUGCUCAGAGUGUGGGAAAUGUUUUACUUCCAAUUCUGACCUUUCAGUACACAAACAAUCUCACACAGGACAGAAACCAUAUCAAUGCUUAGAUUGUGGGAAAAGAUUUGCUUUAAAAGCUUACUGCUUUGCACAUAUCAAAUCCCAUUCAGAAAAGUGUCCCUAUAGAUGCUCAGUAUGUGGGAAAAGUUUUAUGAAUAGAACCAGACUUUCAGAGCAUGAACGAUCCCACACAGGAGAGAAACCAUACAAAUGCUCACAGUGUCUGAAAAGUUUUAGCAAACGCUACUCCUUUACAUUACACCAAAGAAUUCACACAGGAGAGAAGCCAUAUCAAUGCUCCAUGUGUGGGAAAAGUUUUAUUAAUAGUUCGCAACUUUCAGAACACAAACGAUCCCACACUGGAGAGAAGCCAUAUAAGUGCCUGGUAUGUGGGAAAAGCUUUGCUUUUAGAUCAGGGCUGGCUCAACAUGAAAAAUCUCAUACUGGAGAGAAGCCAUAUAAUAGCUCAGAACGUGGACAAAGUUCUAGUACUAUUCUGAAUCUUUCCGUAUGCAAAUCAUCCCACAUAAGAGAGAAUCCGCAUCAGUGCACAGAGUGUGGGAAAAGCUUUAAGUUCAAAUGGAAUCUUGUUGAACAUCAAAGAGUUCACACAGGAGAAAAGCCCUAUAAAUGCUCAGAGUGUGGCAAAACCUAUCGGUUUAAAGCUGGACUUCUCCAACAUAGAAGAUCCCAUACAGGAGAGAAACCAUAUAAAUGUUCAGACUGUGGGAAAAGUUUUUGUUCUAAUUCAAGCCUUUCAGUGCACAAAAAAUCCCACACAGGAGAGAACCCAUACAAGUGCCUGGUGUGUGGGAAGAGCUUUGCUUAUAGAUCAACUCUAGAUCAACAUGAAAAAUCACAUACUGGAGAAAAGUUGUAUAAAUGCUCAGACUGUGGGAAAAGUUUUGGUACUAAUUCAAACCUUUCAGCACACAAAAAAACCCACACAGGAGAGAAGAUGUACAAGUGCUUGGUGUGUGAGAAAAGCUUCCUUUCUAAAUCAAAGCUUGUUGACCAUAAAAGAUCUCAUACUGGAGAGAAGCCGCAUAAAUGCUCAGACUGUGGGAAAUGUUUUAGUAGUAGUUCAAACCUUUCAAAACACAGAAAAUUGCAUAAAGGAGAGAAGCCACAUCAAUGCGUAGAGUGUGGGGAAAGCUUUAUGUUUAAAUGUUCUCUUGUUCAACAUAGAAGACUGCACACAGGAGAGAAGCCUUAUAAAUGCUUAGAGUGUGGGAAAAGCUAUCGUUUACCAUCAAGUCUCAAUUAUCAUGCAAAAUCUCAUACAAGACAGAAACCAUAUCAGUGCUCUAAAUGUGGGGAAAGGUUCAGUCAGAAAUCACACCUUAUUGUCCACAAGGGAAUCCACACUCGAGACCGACCACACACAUGCUUUCAGUGUGCAAAAUCCUUUCAUCAAGCAUUUGAACUUCGGCUUCACAAGAAAGCGCAUACCCGGAAGAAAUUAGAUCAUUGCUUGAAAUGCCGAAGAACCUUCCGUUUGCGCUACCAGUAUCUUGCACACCAAAAAUUCCACAGGAAUAAGAAGCCAAAUAGGUGCUCAAAGUGUGGGAAGAACUUUUUCUGGAAAGGCAGCCUUAAAAUGCACAUGAAAAAAAGCCACGGAACCUUUUCCCAAACAGAUGUUCAACAAGUGAGCCAGAAAGAGAAUCUCCACUUAAGGAUACCUGAGAAUAGCAAUUGCACAGGUAGCGACAGAGAGGAGACUUCCCAGUCAUCUGAGAUACAAGAAGGUUGUAGAACUCACUUUGGACUGCAAAGCUGUGAACAAAUCUAUCCAAAGAGGAGAGAUUCUCCCUUAGAGGACCAACGUUUAAGUGAAGCAUCCUCUGGUGGGAGAGAAGUAGUGGAGAGAAGGUGUGAUGAAAAUUUGAUGCAGAGUUCUGAUCUUUUACAGGGGAAGUCAGUCCAAAGCAAAAAGAAAACUUAUAUAUGCCCGCAGUGUGGGAGAAGUUUAGGUUCCAGUUCUUCCCUUUCAAGACAUCGACAAACCCACAAAGCAGAAAAGCCAUACAUAUGCUCAAGCUGUGGGAAAAGUUUUAGUUCUGAGUCACGCCUUUCAGUACACAAAAAAUUGCAUGAAGGACAGAGAAACCAUCAAUGUGCAGAGUGUGGGAAAAGCUUUGUAUUUAGAUCAAAGCUUGUUCGACAUGAAAGAUCUCAUACUGGAGAGAAGCUGUAUACAUGCUCAAACUGUGGAGAAAGUUUUAGUUCUAAUUCAGACCUUUCAGAACACAAAAAACUGCACAAAAAAGAGAAGCCACAUCAAUGUGCAGACUGUGGGAAAAGCUUUGCUUUUAAGUCGAUGCUUGUUCAACAUGAAAGAUCUCAUACUGGAGAGAAGUUGUAUACAUGCUCAAACUGUGGAGAAAGUUUUAGUUCUAAUUCAGACCUUUCAGAACACAAAAAACUGCACAAAAAAGAGAAGCCACAUCAAUGUGCAGACUGUGGGAAAAGCUUUGCUUUUAGGUCGAUGCUUGUUCAACAUGAAAGAUCUCAUACUGGAGAAAGGCCGUAUACAUGCUCAGACUGUGGGAAAAAGUUUAAAACAAAACAAAACCUUUCAAUGCACAUGCUAUACCACAAGAAGAAGUCAUAUCAAUGUGUGGAGUGUGGAGAAAGCUUUUAUACCAAAUCGUAUCUUGAUCAACACAGAAGAAUCCACACUGGAGAGAAGUCUCAUAAAUGCUUGGAGUGUAAGAAAACUUUUAGAUUUCAAUACAGUCUUGUUCGACACACAAGAUUGCAUACUGGAGAGAAGCCAUAUAAAUGCUCAGAGUGUGGGCAAGCCUUUACAUGUAAAUCUGUUCUUGAUCAACAUAGAAGAAUCCACACUGGAGAGAAGCCUCAUAAAUGCUCGGAGUGUAAGAAAACUUUUAGAUCUCAGGGCAAUCUUGUUCGACACACAAGAUUGCAUACUGGAGAGAAGCCAUAUAAAUGCUCAGAGUGUGGGAAAGCCUUUUGCUUUAAAUCUGAUAUUGAUCAACAUAGCAGAAUCCACACUGGAGAGAAGCCUUAUGAAUGCUCAGAGUGUAAGAAAACUUUUAGAUCUAAGGGCAAUCUUGUUCGACACACAAGAUUGCAUACUGGAGAGAAGCCAUAUAAAUGCUCAGAGUGCGGGAAAGCCUUUAGUCGUAAAUUUGUUCUAGAUCGUCAUGGAAAAUCUCACAGAGGAGAGAAACCAUACCAAUGCUUGAAAUGUGGGGAAAACUUCAGUCAGAAAUCACACCUUGUUGCCCACAAGGGAAUCCACACUCAAGAAAAACCACAUACAUGUUUGCAGCAUGAGAAAUCCUUCCAUCAAGCAGUUGAACCUGUGCCGCACAAGAAAGCGCAUAAACAAAAGAAACCUGAUCAUUGCUUGAAAUGCCGGAGAACCUUCCAUUGGUACAACCAGUAUCUUGUACACCAAGAAUGCCACAGGGCUAAGAAGCCAAACAGGUGCCCAAAGUGUGGGAAGAACUUUUUGUGGGAAGGGGGCCUUAAAAAACACAUGGAAACACCAUGCCAGAGCUAGAUUCUGUGUACAUACGAAAUGAGGCACAAAUAACCUGUAACUAACCAGUGUUUAUAGAAGAAAGAAACCCACUCAAGAGAAAAAAAACAGGUUCAGUCAAAAGUCAUUGCUUUUUCUGCAGCAAAACUUAUACAUACUUAGUAUCGGGGAGAAGUGUCAGCGUCUGAAGUUACCACCUGUAUCCCAAUGAGUUACCCAGCCCUGAAAUUAAUGAACAAAGAACUGCCUUCUUUUGUUGGGGGUGAAACUUCAUGAAGGAACACUCAAAACUUCUGUCAUUAGGGAAUCUCCCUGCUCUAGCAGCCCUCUUUCACAUCCGUGGGAUUCGUCUUUUUUAGGAUAUUUUCCCAAAAGUGUGAUGCAUUACUCAGCCCUGUAAGAGAAAUAUUUUUCCAUGUUGUUGACCAAUAUAUUUUUUAAAAUGUAUGCUCAUUUUUACCUUAAGGUUUGCGCUGAAGGGUUGGCACCUUGCGGUUUGGAACAUGGGAGGGGUGCUGCAUUGAAUGGAGAUGUGGACCAACUUUUUAAAGCUAAAUAAAGAUUUUUAAUUCUGCUUUC